UUUUUUUGGGCUUAUUGCAAAAGUGACUCAAAACUUGAAUUCAAACAGAAAACUAACCUUUUCUUUUGACUCAUUUUUUUUUUGAGUUUUUAACCCCACAUCUGCAUUUUAUCUACGAAAAUGCCAUUAACCCUUUUUUUUUUUUUUUUCGAAAAUGGCUUCUUUACUGUCUCAACCUCAUUUUCUUCAAGUAUUUACAAUAUUGCCACUGCCAUGAAUAGUGGGAACAACCUUGUACGAACUGUUUGGAGCUUUUAAUGCCCUUUAAUGCACGUAAAUCUCUUUACACUCUCUCUGUUUCAAUUGUUAUGAACUAAAAACAACAUUUCUUUCACUUUCUCUCCAUAUUCAUCCAAAAAACUGAAGCUUUUGAUUCAAAAUUGUUUGGAGCCAUAUUUCUUUCGUUUUGACUUACGGUUGCUUUCGUUUGAGGUUCUGGGUGGUUGGAGAAGACCCUGUGUGCAAACAAAGUCAUCUCACCUAGUUGAAGAUGAUUUUUAAGUUACAUGCAGUGUAUGGAGAAUGGUUGUUGAGAGAUUUCCGUUGGGAUUUUGUGGUUGAUGAUCUCAAAGGAGCAAGAUUGUUUUUAUUGAAUGAAGAUUCAACACAUGCUGAACUUGUUGCAAUGGCUCAAGAAGAUUAUAACCUGGACAUGAGAUCAGUGACUGUGGAGAUUAGCUACUCAUUACCAGCAGAAAUGAUGAUGACUCCAAGCAGUCCUCCCAUUCAUGUUACAAGUGAUAGACAAGUUCGAAACUUGCUCGAGAUACUCAAAACGCAUAGAGUAUGUCUUUGUGUAUCAAGCCGCAGCAAGGUGGAAACGGUUUCAGAGAAAAGAGAAGAAGCUGGUGAUAAUGAUGAAGCUGGUGAAUGGGAAGAAGAUGUUGGUGAUAAUGAUGAAGCUGGUGAAUGGGAAGAAGAUGUUGGUGAUAAUGAUGAGGCUGAUGAAUGUUUUGAAGAUGUUGGUGAUAAUGAGUCUGUUGAAGAUGAAAAUCAAGAUGGGGAGGAGGAAAAUGGGGAGGAGGAAAAUGGGGAGGAGGAUGCUGAUAACACUAUUGUUGGUGAAACGGAUCAGAAUGGUGGGGAUUACAGUCUUUAUGGAAAGGUUCUAGAUGAGGACGAGGAAGAUGAUGAUAAUAUUUGUUUUGAAGAAAUUGAAAAGACAUAUGCUAAGACAAAUGCUAUUGAAGGAGGAAAAUCGGAUUGUACCAGCAUCUAUGUCAACCAGAGUUUUGUUAGCAAGGAUGCACUGCUUUCAGAGCUGCGGUUGACAGCAGUGAGGGGUAGGUUUUCUUUCAGAAUAUACAAAUCAACAAAAACUCUCCUUGUGGCAAUAUGUCGGGUUAGCGGUUGUGGAUGGAAGAUCAGAGCGAGUGUGAAACAUGGGUCAAACACGUUUUGGGUAACAAAGUAUGUGGAAAAACAUUUAUGCUCAAUUGGAGACCGAAUCGCUCAGCGGAGACACUGUACUCCAAAGUAUGUUGGUAGUCUUUUCAUUGAUCGUGUUGGGAUCAUUGAUGGGAUAACUCCACAGCAUAUCACUGAUGCAAUGAAGAACAUGUUUGGCAUGACGCUUGAUUACACCACUUCAUACAGAGCACUGUUAUAUGCACAGAAAUUGGUGAGAGGAUCAGCAGAAGAAGGGUAUUCGCGUCUGCCUUCAUAUCUCGAGCAAAUCUCCAUUGCAAAUCCUGAUUCUAUCACGGCUAUAGAACUUGAUUCUGAGAAAAGAUUUAAGUAUCUAUUUCUCUCUUUUGGAGCUUCUAUCAAAGGUUUUAAGUAUCAGAGAAGGGUCAUUGUGGUGGAUGGAACUCACCUAAGUGGAAAGUAUGGAGGUGUUAUGUUAGUUGCAGCCGCACAAGAUGGCAAUUUUCAGAUAUUCCCAUUGGCUUUUGGGAUCGUGGAUGCUGAAGAUGAACCUUCUUGGGAAUGGUUUUUCACAAAAUUGGCUAGUUGUAUAUCUCAUGACAAGCCUCUGGUGAUAGUCUCUGACCGGCACGCGGCCAUUAAAAGUGCGUGUGAGAAGGUGUUUCCUUGGGCAACCCGAGGAAUAUGUUAUUAUCACCUUCAAGAUAACAUUGUCAAAAAGUUUAAAGGGAAACAUCUCAUGUACUUGGUGAAAGGGGCUGCUUAUGCGCACACGGUUCACGAUUUUAACCGGUACAUGGCUGAGAUACGGAGUGCAAACCCGGAACUUGCAACGUAUUUGGAGAAGGCCGACGCCAAGCUAUGGUCAAGGGUUUAUUGUAAGGGGAACAGGUUCAACAUAAAAACAAGCAACAUCGCUGAAUCUAUUAAUUCCGCACUGAAGCGAGCAAGAGGAUUUCCGAUUCCGUUCCUGCUGGAGUUCAUAAGGCAGAAGUUAGGAAAAUGGUAUUGGAAAAGGAGACAAGAUGCUUUGAGUCUCCCAACUGUACAUAGCCGGGGUGUUGAAUACUUGCUUGCUGUUCGAUCAGAGAUAGCGGAUACGAUGACGGUCGAACCAAUUGAUGGAUGGCGUUUCUUUGUCAAAGGUGGCAAAAUGGACUGUGCGGUUGAUUUGGAACAUGUAAAGUGUGGUUGUGGUGUCUAUGGAGUGGAGAAAAUACCUUGCUCUCAUGCUAUAGCAGCUGGAACACAUGCUGGUGUGCAUAUCGACACACUUGUAUGUCCACUUUACUCAAAGAAUCAUCUGUAUGCAGGAUACUCAGAGAAUAUAUAUCCUAUCGUGUCACAACAUAUUGAGGAACGAGAAUGCUUUCCUCCAAACGUAAAGCGUGGUCCGGGGAGACAGAAGAAAUCAAGAUGGCAAUCUUGGUUGGAGCUAUCUAGGAUGAGGGGACACAAACCCAGGAAGAAACACAGGGCACGGAGAUGCUCAAACUGCAAGGAAACUGGCCAUACGAAACCACAAUGUACACAACCAGUUGACUAGUUGUCCAGACGACCUAAAUAUAAGUCGUCCAGUCUUGAUUACCCGUCCAGACGACUAAUUUCUAAGUCGUCCAGUGUUUCGUCUACCUUCUACGAAGUCGUCCAGUGUAUUAGACUACCUUCUACUAUCCCUUCAAGUGUAUUUUUUUAGACGACCUUUUACGAAGUCGUCCAGUGUAUUUAAGUCGUCCAGUGUAUUUAAGUCGUCCAGUGUUUAGACUACCUUCUACUAUCCCUUCAAGUGUAUUUUUUUUUAGACGACCUUUUACGAAGUCGUCCAGUGUAUUUUAUUUUUAGACUACCUUAUUUUUUUUAGACGACCUUAUUUGUAAGUCGUCCAGUGUAUUUUAUUUUUAGACUACCUUAUUUUUUUUA